AGAGACUGCCUGGAAGUUUCCUCUGAGAUACCAAAUACAUUUAGGACACCCUGCAGGACAAGAUGCACCUGUUUGAACAUAGCAUGGGGACACCCUAAAUCAAGGUGCCUUGAUCUAGGAAGAAAAUGGCUUCAUGUGAUCCAGAUUUGGGUGAAAAGAUUCCAGCUGUUCUUAGACCUUUGGCAACUGAAGAAACUGAGGCAGCUAAAGAUUGGCCUGAACUCCACCUUGGUGCAGCUUCCUGGAUGGAAGGGGGACAAGUGUGGGUCCUUGAGCUUGAACCUUGUGGUGCUGAAACUUCUCUUGGUGGUGAAAAUGUAGAGGAAAUAUCCCAGUCAUCAUCAAGUAUGGAGACCACAGAUUCAGAGAGUCUAGCCAAGAAAGUUGCAGUUUCAGAAUCCCAGCACCAGUCAGAUGAAAGAAAGACAAUCCCCUCAGCCUGCCAACAUAGUAAGGAAACCUCUGGAAGUGAUGGCGAAACGUUCAGCCAAAUUUCAAAGCUCGCUACAAAUCAGAUCAAUCAAGCCAAGAAUCGGUAUGCCUGUGACCAGUGUGAUGCAGCUUUCAAAUGGGCCUCCCACCUUGACCGACAUAAAAAUGUUCACUCUGGAAAGAAAGCCUCUAGACAAAGUCAGAGAUGGAACCAGAAGCAGUCAGCAGUACCCAUGAGCCAAAAGUCAUGGGUAAUGACAAAGCAUGCUAAGAAUUUACACACCUGUGACCAGUGUGGGAGAGGCUUCUGUUGGCCUUCUCAACUUGUCCAGCAUCAUAAAAAUGUGCAUCAUGAGAACAAAGCAACUAGGCAGGGCCAGAACAAACUGGGAGAAUUCAGACCAAGCUUUCUCCACCAAAAGUCCAUAGCAAAGACAGACCAGAGCUGCCGUGCAAAGCAGCCACUCACCUGCAACCAAUGUGGAAAGGACUUUUGGUUCCCCUCAGAUCUUGGCCGUCAUCAGCGUGUUCAUUCUAGGAGGAAUGCAGCUAGGCAGAAUCUAUGUCGAUUGGAAGGAUGCUGCCCAAAUCCCAUAGUGCCUGACUUUCUGAAAGCAAAUAAUGCAUUUGCUGAUUCUUACAAGACUUUGAGUAAUGACUCAGACAGCACCACCUCUACCAAGAAUCUCCACAUCUGUGGCCAAUGUGGGAAGGCCUUCCUUUGGCCCUCUCUACUUGACCAACAUCAUAAAAAUGUGCAUCAUGAGAACAAAGCAACUAGGCAGAACAACAACAAAGUGGGAGUAUCCAGACCAAGCCUUCUCCACCAAAAGUCCACACUAAACACAGACAAGAGCUGCUGUGCAAAGCGUCCACUCAUUUGCAAUCAAUGUGGAAAGGUCUUUCGGUACCCCUCAGAUCUUACCCGUCAUCAGCUUGUUCAUUCUAGGAGGAAUGCAGGUAGGCAGAAUCUGUGCCAAUUGGAAGGAUGCUGCACAAAUCCCAUGGUGCCUGACUUUCUGAAAGCAAAUAAUGCUGAUUCUUACAAAACUUUUAGUAAUCACUCUGACAGCACCACUUAUACCAAGAACCUCCACAUCUGUGACCAAUGUGGAAGGGGAUUUCAGUGGCCCUCUGAUCUUACCCAUCAUCAGAACAUUCAUUCUAAGAGGAAUGCAGUUAGGCAGAAUCAGAAUCUGUGCCAAUUGGAAGCAUGCUCCCCAAGUCCCAUGGUGCCUGGCUCUCAUUAUUCAAAGAAUGCAUUUGUAAAUUCUUACAAAACUUUGAGUGAAGACUCAGAUAGCACCACCUGUACCAAGAAUCUCCAUAUCUGUGACCUGUGUGGGAAAACCUUCCAAUUACUUUCUAACCUUGCUCGACAUAAACUCACUCACAUUAGAAGAAAGCGAAGGAAUGGUAAGUGUACUCAGUUCAAGAACUCUAAUGUCUGUGAUCAAUGUGGGCAAAAAUUCAAGUGGUUCUGUGACCUUGCCCGACAUGAAUGCACUAAGAGAAAGCAAGAGAAGUCUCACCUCUGUGAGCAGUGUGGACAAAGCUUCAAGUGUGCCUCUGACUUCAUCCAACAUAUGUCUAACCACUCUUCAGAGCGGCCCUAUAGCUGUACCAUUUGUGAGCUCCAGUUCAAGCGUCAUGCACAGCUAAAGGGGCACCUGAAAUGGCAUGCAGCGAGCCAUGAAAUGGAAGGAGAAGGAGAAGAUCAGAAGCACCAAGGUGUGCAUGGUCAAGAUCUCCCUGGGGUAAGCAUCCUCAAGGAUCAGCUGCAAUGCCUUAACCUCCCGCAUUCUGAGGAGGACAACCAGUCUUUUGCCAGUUUGAAAUCCUGUGAGUUUGAAGAAUGUCAUAUUUCUUCCCCCAAACAACUCCCCCCAAACACCAUUUUGGAAAUUGGAGUCAAUGGGGUUCCCCAUAUCCUGCCCCUUAUCCAGACUUGUGAGUGUGGAUACUGUGAAACCGAUGAUGGCAACUUUGACAUGAAAUCUCCUGAAUUGCCUCAUCUGAAAACUGACAUCACAGCCAAUUCUGAGUUGCCAUCUGCUCUGUCCACUAACUCCAGUGUCUUGAUCACCUCAAGUGAAGACCACAUGGAAAGGAAGAAAACUUCUACUGCAAGCACUGCUGCACAUGCUCAGUGGUCAGUUGCUGUUGCUGGUCAAAGCCAUAAUGAUCCUGUUUGCCUUCCGAAGCAAGCCUCCCAUUUGACAGGCAAGGAGAAGCUUUUUUCUUGCCCUAAGUGCCAAAAGCAGUUCAGCUUUCUUUCCUAUCUGACAAGGCACUUGCAGGUCCACCAGCCAGGGAAGCCAUAUCAAUGUACAACCUGUAAGAAGUGCUUUGCCCGGCGUUCAUACCUGCACAAGCAUCGCAGGCUGCACACUGUAAAUUUGGCACAUGAAUGCCCAGAAUGUGGCAGCUACUUCACUCAGAUUACUUACUUGCGCAGGCACAUGCAUAAACACACAAAGCAGAAACAAGAAAUUUUGUCAGCUUUGGAAGCCGGACCCCCAUCCUUAGGGUGAAGUAGUCCUCCUAGAUUGAGGGUAUGGUUAAAAUGCAGGUAUGACAUGACUUCCUUUACUACCUAGGUUGAUUCCAUUUUCCAACCUCAGAAGAUACCCUGCCAUUAAUACUUGCCCUACUUUCACCCUUUUAACCCUAUUCUUAAGUGAAUAAGAGCUAGGGUCCCAAGUUUCUCCAUAAACCAGUGUCAAUAUUUUAGGUAGCGGCUUCUCUUUCCAGCUUAUAACUGUCAAUUCAGAGUCAUACACUAUAAAACAAACAGUAAGUUUUAUUGAGAAACAUACAGAAAUAAAUAUCUUAUGUGAGUUGACUUCUAGUUCAGUAUGGCUACAUUAAAAGCCUUUAAGCAGUCUAACUCUCUUCUUCUAAACAUAUCCAGGGGUAGCUGUGCUGGUCAUCUAGCAAAGUACAAUAAAGUCCAAUCCCCCCUCCCCCACAAAACUGGUACCUUUAUUGAUCAACUAAAAUGCACAGAAUAUAUGUU